CCUGUGGGAUACACGGAGUGACGCAGGCAGGUGAGGAAGAUCAUGCUGAGAUGGAGGGCAGCUGGAGAGGUGUCCCGGCUGUGCUGGUUAUCCUGGCUGGGCUGACAGCUUCUGGAUCCAGUUAUCAGAUCAUAGAAGGUCCUCAAAAUGUAACAGUCCUAAAGGGCUCAGAGGCUCGCUUCAACUGCACUAUGACCCAUGGCUGGAAGCUUAUCAUGUGGGCUCUCAAAGGUGUUGUGGAGCUGAGUAUCACUCCCCAGGAAACCAUCAUCACCAACAACCGCUUCACCUCUGCCAGUUACAAUGGGAGCAACAGCUUCAUUUCUGAGAUGAUCAUCCACGAUGUGCAGCCCAGUGACUCGGGGUCUGUACAGUGUAGCCUGCAGAACAGCGAUGUGUUUGGAACUGCCUUCCUCUCAGUGCAAGUUAUGGGGACCCUGAGCAUUUCUAGCAACAGUCUUAUAGUCACCGAGGGUGAGCCCUGUAAUGUGACUUGCUACGCACUGGGCUGGACCCCACUUCCAGAUAUUUCCUGGGAGCUUGAGGUCCCGGUAAGCCAUUCCAGCUACUACUCCCUUCUGGAGCCGGGUGAUUUUACAAGGGCCUUGAGUGUCUUGACGCUCACACCGCUGGGCAAUGGUACCUUGACGUGUGUGGCAGAGCUGAUGAACCUGCAGGCCAGCAAGUCCUUAACUGUCAACCUGACCGUGGUUCAGCCCCCACCCGACAGCAUUGGCGAGGAAGGCACAUCGCUGCCGACCUGGGCCAUCGUCCUGCUGGCAGUGGCCUUUUCGCUGCUCUUGAUCCUGAUUAUCGCUCUGAUUAUAGUAUUUUGCUGCUGUGGCAUCUCCAGGAGAGAAAAAGAAGAAUCUAGUUAUCAAAAUGAAAUAAGGAAAACUGCAAACGUGAAAACAAACCAAGCAGAUCUUGAGACGAGGUUAAGAAGUGGAAAGGAAAAUUAUGGGUACAGGUCGGAUGAAGCAAGGGCUGCACAGAUUGCUUCUCUCCAUCCUAAACCUGGUGAAGUCAGCCUUCCAGAACCACAUAGCUAUAGCUCUGCUUAUCAGGAACACAGAACGUGUCAGCCCAGCCCAGCGAGUCAUCCACAGGUUUCCUUUGACACCGCCAGCCCUCAGAAGGUCAGAAACGUAACUUUGGUGUAGUAAAGACUCCUCAUGGCACAUGCAGCCACCAAGUUGAUGCCAUCUUCCUCUCCAUCCUGGGACUGGGCCUCAGCUUUGCCGAAGCCGUGGACUCACCAGAGCUGAUGCUUUAUAGUGACAUGAGGAAUCAGUUUUUCUCUAAACUGAAAAGAAUAUGAUUUUGAAAUGUCUCAUGGUUUGGGUGAAUUCCUUAAAGUGACUGAGCAAAAUGCGAGGGUCUAUCUUGGAGAUAUUCCUCAUGGACCAACACUCCAGCUUGCCACACCAGCAGAAGGCAGAUAGGACUGGAUCUGCCAUGACCUUCAGAGUGUUUUUGUUGUCCUAGGUCAUGGUGAUAUGCUAUUUAUAUUCGUUUUAUAGCUAGGGGCAUUACUGCAUAGUAUCACCAAACCAAGAGCAUAACAAUUAGAAUCAACUGGACCUCCUUAAGUGGACUGGUCAUUCAGAGCUUGGUGGGUUAAAUAAAAGGAAAUGCAAUGCCAAGGUGCGUGUCCAGAAGACAGGCACUCCUGGUUGCUCCCUUAUCCUUGUCCCCAUGUUUUGGGGUGACUUAGGUGUGGGUUCUGCCCGAUAGGGGACCAAGCUCGAAUUCAGCCAGCAUCAUGAAAGAACUGGAAA